AUGUCGAAUAAUCUCUUACAUGAAUCGGCAUCAUCAGAUGCUCUUCGUUUAAAAGCUUUACAAUCUGGUUUUGAAAGUCGUGUUGAAGUUAAUCAACGAAUGCUAAUUGAUAAAAUGCUUGCACGUUAUUCAUCGGAUUUUGUUGUUUGUCGUGAAUUAAUUCAAAAUUCUGAUGAUGCUAAAGCAACAUCAUUUCAUUUUGAAAUAACUUGUAAUGAUGGUUCAUUAUCAUCAUCAUUAGAAAAAGAUUUUCAUAAUAAAACUAUAACAGAAAUUCGUGCUAUAAAUAAUGGUCUUGUUUUUAAUGAAACAGAUUGGAAACGUGUUGCAGCUAUAGCUGAAGGAAAUACUAAUGUUGAAUCCGUUGGUCAAUUUGGUGUUGGAUUUUUUUCUGUUUUUUCAUUUUCCGAAGAACCAAUUAUAACAUCAGGAAAUGAAUAUAUGGCAUUUGUUUGGCGUGAUGAUAAUUCUUUAACAACUUAUCGUCAUGAAUUACCAUUUGAACAACAAUCAAAAUUAACAUCAAUUAUUCUUAAAAUGCGUACAAAAUAUAUUUUACAUACGGAAACAAAUCUUGAUUUUGAUUCAAUAAUAGAUAUUAAUGAAAGUCCUAGUGGUAAAUCUCCAAAUAAAAAACGACAAAAGAAAAGUACAAUACCGAUAACAACAACAAAUGAAAUUAUUCCAACAAUUAAUCUUGCACAACUCAAAGCUUAUUUUACUAAAGUUUUAUCAUUUACAAAAUAUAUUAAUGAACUUAUUAUAAAAAUUAAUCAAAAAACAAUUUUUAAAGUAACAAAAACAAGAAAACCAAUAUCAUCAACAAAAUCUAAUUCACAAUUUAAAAAAAAUUCUAUUCAUAAUAUGUUACGUCUUGAUUCAUUAAAUCAAACAGAACAAAUCUUUUCUAUUGAUCAUGGUCCAUCUAUAACAUUAAAUCAUAUAUCUGUUGAUGCAACAUUAAUUAUUGAUGAAAAUUAUCAUAAUCAUAUUCGACGUAUAUUAAAAAAAAGUUUACCACCAAAUGUACAAAUUCAACUUUUAUAUACACCUAAUAAUAUUGUAAUGACACAACAACAAAGAAAAUCAUCAAAAAAUGAUGAUCUUCAUAUGAAAAUUCUUAAUUCAUUAAUACCAUUAAAAUUUCAAAAUGAUGAAAAUUAUCCAUCAGGUUUAAUUUUUAUUGGUCUUGGAACACAUCAAACAACUGGAAUAGGAAUGCAUGUUUAUAGUCAUUUAAUUCCAACAAUUGAACGUGAAAAUCUUGAUUUACAAGAUCCAUACAUAUCAAAAUGGAAUAUAGAACUUCUUUUAUCUGUUGGACAAAUAGCAAGAUUUGUUUUUGAUCAAUUAAUGGUUACUAAUAAACAAUUCGAUCCUAUACUUGCUUCUUAUUCAUUCCAACCAUCAGUACCAAAUAAUGAAAUUGGUUCGAUUCUUGUCGAUGGAUUUUUUUCCACGAAUAAAGAUGUACUUGUUCCUGUUAAACGAUCUCCAACAGAUAUUAAUCUUUCACUUAUUCCAUCAACACAAGCAUAUAUAGCAAAUUCUAAACAUAUACAUUCUUUUCUUUCAUUACCACUUGUACCAUAUGAAUUAAGUAAAAAUGGUUUAUUUCAAGCAUUAAAAGAUCGUGAUUUAAUUAUUGAAGUUGAUAAUGAAUUAAUUGAAUCAACAAUAACAACAACAAUACUUUUAUCAAAUCAAUUUGUUGAAUUUCUUCAUUGGUUAUCAAGUCAAAAUAAUGAUGAUAAACAAUAUAUAAAACGUUUAUUAUCAAUUGUACGUUUUCGUGAAACAAAUAAUUCAUCAAUAAUAACAUUAGAAAAAUUAAAAAAUUAUGAUAAUUUUAAUAUUUCAAUAAUACUUCCAUUACCAUCACAUGUUUUACCAGCAAGUGUAGCUGCUUAUUUAUCACGAGAAGAAUUACAAAAACAAUUAUCAUUAAUACCAUUAACAUUAAAAGAUUUUCUUCAUUAUUAUUUACUUAAAAAUCAAUUAUAUUUAUUUACAAAAGAAAAUACAUCAACAUGUUUAUUACAUAUUAUUUCAAAACAUUCAGGACAAUUAAAUAAAACUGAAUGGAAUAAAUUAAAAACAACAUUAUCAACAAUAACAUGUAUACCAACAAAUCAAGGAAUGAAAAUUCCUAAUGAAUCAUAUAUUCCAUCAUCAAUUUUAUCAUCAGAUUUACCAAUUAUAAUAUUAAAUGUACCACAAAAUUUAACUGAUGAUGAUGAUGAUGAUGAUAAUGAUGAUGAUAAACAAUCAAUAAUUGAAAAUAUGGAAUAUCCUGUAUCAGCCGAAUUUCUUAAACGAUUAGGUUGUCGAACAUUAAAUGUACAAUCAUUUGUACAUGCACGAUCAUCAUUAACAAAUUCAACUUCGUCAAAUUCUCAUACUAUGAAAAUUUUAAUUCAACAUUUAAUGGAAGAAAGAGAUAAUAUGAGUGAAGGAGAUUUUAAUGCAUUAAAACAAAGUGAAUGUCUUAGAGGUACAACUCUUAUACCAAGUAAAGAAUGUACACGAAAAUAUGCUCCACAAGAUCUUCAUUUUCCGUCUGUUGCUAUUCAACUUCAAUGGUCAACAUUAACAAUCCUUGAUUGGCAUGAUAUUGAUUCACAUUCACGUGAAUAUGCAUUUCUAAAAGAAAUCGGCGUACGUGAAGUACCUGAUAUACAAAAAUUAAUUGAUCGAAUCAUUGAAGAACAUAAUGAACAAAAGAAAAAAUUCAUCAAUGAAUAUAAAUUACCAAUAGCACUUAAAUUUUUCGCUGAAAAUUUUCAACAACAUUAUUCAAAAUUAUGGAAAACAGCAAAAAUUAAACGACCAUUUCUUCCAUCUCUUUCACCAUCAAAAACUAUUAUAUUAUCAUUACCCGAAGAAGUUUUUAAAGAUGAAAGUCCAUUAUGUGCAACACUCUUAUCUGAUGUUGUUCAAUUAUUUGAAGAACAUUUUAAUGUAGCAUUACUUGGUGUUAAAGAUCGUCCAACAUUAACAAUAGCAUUUGAUAUUCUAAUGGAAAAAAAAGAAGAAAUACUCAAUGUAGAAACUGCUCCAAAAAUUUUUGCCUAUAUGAAUGAACUCGAUGGUCUAAGUCGACCAUUAAUCGAACGUGUAUCAAAACUUGCUUUUAUUCCUCUUGAAGGAAAUGAAAAUUUUAUGAAACCAUCACAAGUUUUUAUUCGUCCUGAUAAUUCAACAGCAUUAUCAUCAUCAUCUCGAUUACGACAAAUACAUGUUAUUCUUCCAAUAUCAUCUGACGAUGAUGAUGAUGAUGAAAUAAUGCGUGCCAGUGGUAGUGGUCGUCGUCGUAAACGAAAUAAUAUUAAAACAACAACAUCAAAAAAUAAAAAAACAAAAACAAUAUCAUCAACUCCUUUAAUUAUGGAUGAUACAGAUAAAACUGGUUUAAUUGAUUAUGUUGAUUAUGGUUUAGAAGGAAAUUCUUUUCUUCUUGGUAUUGGUGUACUUCAUCAUCCAUCUGCAAGUGUUUUAGCUGAAUUAUUAAUUGAUCGACAAGAAAAUUAUUUUACAAAUUUAAAUCAAAAUAAUCCGGAUGAUUUACAACAAAAAUUACUUGCUUAUACAAGUUGUCUUCGACAACUUGCUAUUGCAGCUAAUACAACAAAUGAAUUACAAUCAGCAUCAUUAGUAAAACGAUUAAAAAAUGCAGCUUGGUGUUUAGGUUAUCAAGUUAUUGAAAGACGUUCAAAUAAUGAUAAACAACGUAUGUUUAAAAUUGUACCACCAAAUGAAAUUUAUCUUGAUGAUGAUCAUCAAUGUGCUAUUGAUCUUCGACCAUUAUUACCACCGGAUGAACCUGAAUUAACAAAAUUAUAUGAAAAAUUUGGUGCUUCAUGGUUAUCAGAAUGUGUUAAAAGAACUUUAGUACAUAAAGGAAAAAUUGCUACAUCAGAUCGAGGUAAUAAAUUAUGUGAUUUAAUUCAAUAUCGUCUUGAUAUGUUAUUUGUUAAUAAUCGAGGUGAAAAAAUGGAAAAUCUCGAUGAAAAACAUGUUGAUAUGUUACGAACAAAUUUAUCUGUUUAUGAAGUUGAUGGUAUUCAAUGUCAAUUAACAUUUGAAAAAAAAACAAUUACACUUGAUUCAACAGAUAGUAGUUCAUGUGCACUUGAAUAUGAUAAAAAUAAAGUGGCAUUAUAUUUUCAAAAACAUAUACGUGAAUUUGAUUAUAUUGAUAUAGCUAGUGAAUUAGCUCGAUUUGUAUUUAAAAAACCACUUGAUACAGUUGUUCAUACAAUAAGUGAUAAACUUGCAUCACCAUUAGAAACACUUAAACGUCGUGGUGUACCUGUUGAUCGUUUACUUCAACAUAAUCAACAAAAUAUUCGUUCAACUAUUCAAAUGAUUGAACAAAGAUCUGAUUUAAAUCAUAAUGAUAAUCAUCAUUAUCAUGAAAGUCAUAUUGAAAUAAAUGGUCGUGUAGAAGAUUUUAAUCGUCAACAAACAAAAGAUGAUACUAAAUUAUUUUCAAUAUUAAAAAAAGGUCGAGCAUAUACACAAACAAAAUUUAUUCAACAAGAACAUGUUAAAGAUGAAAUUGAUCAUUCAUGUGAAGCUGUACCAUCAGCUAAUAUGACACGUUAUAAAGAUUUAUUUCAUUCAAUACCAUUAUAUAUCGAACGAAAUGUUCUUAUUACAAAUAAAAUGCUUGAUCAAGCUAAACAAUUAACAUGGGUUUUAAUAGGACUUGCUAAUCAUGUUUUUAAAAUACCUAUUGAAACAUUACAUCUUUAUAGAGAUAUUGAUGGAGCUCGUAUAGCAUUUAAUGAUCGUCGUGCAUUAUUUUUUAAUCUUCGUUAUUAUGAACAAGUUUUUGCUGAUAAAGUUCAAUCAUAUUUACAAGCAACAUCACCAUCAAUACCAAUAAUACAUACUAUUGUUAAUUUUUAUUUUAUAUUGACAUGUCAUGAACUUGCACAUAAUCUUGAAAUGGCACAUAAUUCGAAUUUUAUUAAUCAUUUGGAAACAAUAGCAGUUAAAUUUAUGACAGAAAAAGAUUUAUUUCUACAGCAAUUUUCAUUUCAAAAUUAUUUACAAAAUAAUAUUACUUGA